AUUUUCUUCUACUACUUGAAGGCUUCUGUUCUGUCCAUAUUUAUUCUUCUUUGUUUCAUAAAUUAUAUCUUGAAAUUGAUUCUUCUUAGAUACACAAGUGCAGAUCACCUUCCAUUAUGGGUAAUGAAGAUCACUGCAAAAAGAUGGUAGAAUCUACUACACUCAUUAGUGAUGAUGAACUUGAUAUUUCUCACAACGUUUCGCCGGAUACACAACGUAGUGGAAACAUCUCUCUUGCAAAAUAUUUUGCUGGACAGAAAGGAAAGGACUUGGACCACAAUCGUGCGCAAAACAGUGAAAAUACCAAGAGGAAACGGAGUUGUAGUGUUGUUAUGAGUAAGUCUGAUGAUGAUGAUAUCAACAACCUUAGAAGAAGAAAGAAGAAAGAAGCUGAUGAUAGCAUAACAGAAGAUGGACAUAAGAAGGAAGAAAGAAGAUCCAAAAGGGUGAGCAUCAGGCCAAAAUAUCUAGAAGAUUACAUCACAACAAGCAAUGUUAAGAGGAGCUGAGUUGAAUAGGCAAUGCUCUUGUUGGUUAGACUAGAUCUUGCAUGAUAUUUACUAGAUUCUUAGUACUAGUACAAUUCUCUUAUUGUAAUGCUAUAUAUAAUUCAAAAAUGUAAUGAAGAAAGCAAGUAAUUAAUUAAUCAAUCAUUUCCUCUCUUGUUUAAUUCUUAGGAGGA